UACGUUUGGUGAUUCUGAAAUUAUAACGAAACUUUGGACAAACAUGUCUUUCCGGACAGUGAUCGCUUACAGACCAACAGUUUAUUCCUCUGUACGAGACAGUGGCUUCAUCAAAACGCUGCAGGUGAGAGGAGUAGAGUUACGCGUGCGUCAAAACACAUCAGAACACCACACAGAUGAGUUUGACAUCACAGACAGACACGUGUACGACCCGCGCGAAUUCCUCGUGAUACGGCGUGGACAGGUGUUCCAUGUUGACGUGGGCUUUAAUCGACCGUUUUACGCGUACAAUGAUGACAUCAUGUUCAGAUUUGAAUUAGACAGUAGUGGCUCGUUCUCGCCAUCACGUACCUACGCAGAGGUUGUUCUAUCCGAGGAGUACGUCAGUGACCGAUGGAACGCGUACAUCAAAUCACGCAACGGAAAUGACGUCACGGUUGCCAUAAUGACGCCAGCAGACACGCCUGUUGGAAAGUGGAGAUUGAGCAUUGACGUCAUCAAGAGUGUUGAGAGUGCUAGAGCCAUGUACAGAUACCAGUUCCCGGACCCACUGUAUAUCUUGUUUAAUCCCUGGUGUAGAGACGACAUUGUGUACAUGCAAGAUGAGCGACUCCUUGCGGAAUACAUUCUGAAUGAGGCUGGCCAUAUGUACAUGGGCAGCUACACGAAAAUACGCGCAAAACCCUGGGUAUUUGGACAGUUUUCUGGUGAUGUGCUGGACUGCGCACUGCUCCUACUUGAAAAAUGUCUAAUCCCGGAUGACGACCUUGGGGACCCCGUUACCAUCGUCCGCCGCCUUUCAGCCAUUAUCAACUCGAAUGACGACAAUGGUGUAGUUAAAGGCAACUGGAGUAGCAGUUACGAGGGAGGCGUCAGUCCGGUCGCCUGGACCGGAAGUGGUGCCAUCUUGGAUCGAUAUUUUCAUACGCAUAGACCCGUCAAGUACGGUCAAUGCUGGGUGUACUCUGGGGUUCUCACUUCCGUUUGUCGCGCUCUGGGUAUUCCGACACGAAGCGUGUCGAACUUCAACUCAGCUCACGAUCAGGACGGAAAUAUCACGAUAGACUACCACUACAACAGCCAGGGGGAACGACUCCAUGGCGAAAACUUUAACCGCGAUUCUGUGUGGAACUUCCAUGUGUGGAACGACGUGUGGAUGGCGCGUGCGGAUCUUCCGACCGGAUAUGGCGGUUGGCAGGCCGUAGACUCUACACCACAGUCACAGAGUGUUUAUAACCGUUUGUACUGCAUGGGACCUUGUUCCCUACGAGCCGUAAAGGAGGGCCGGGUCCACCUGCCGUACGACGGACGGUUCGCCUUCGCCGAGGUGAACGCGGACCGCGUCUACUGGUCCGUCCGCCCUGACGGCUCCAUGACGCCCAUUUCCGUCAAGAAGCAAAGUAUAGGGAAGAUUUUACUCACACAGCGGCCUUCUCCCGAUGAACAACCGGAAACGAUUGCUGAAGACAUCACUGAACAGUACAAAUUUCCUGAAGAGUCUGAUGAGGAGCGGAUGGCCGUUAGGGAGGCAAACCUACACUCCACCAUGCCUGGCCUGUACAACCAGGGAACACAGGAUGUUCAGAUAAAUAUCGAGAGCGAUCCCGGCGCAGUGAUAGGUGAAGACAUAACAGUGACCUUGACAUUCAUCAACACGGUUUCCGAGGAGCGCACAUUCAACGGUACACUGCGACUGGACAGUUCUUACUAUAACGGCGUUCACCAUGAAAACAUAUCCAUACAGGAGUUGCAAGAACACUUAAAACCAAAUUUAUCCGGACAACUGGUUUUAAAGGUACCCGUAGAAGUAUACCUUGAAAAAUUAGUGGAACAUUGCCUCUGUGUUGCCACGUGUAUCGGCGUUGUCAAGGAAACCGAGCAGCAUGUGUUCGAGAGAGAUGAGCUCGCUUUAAGAAAACCAGAUCUUGAUAUUGAAUCACCAUUGAACGUUAAUGUUGGGCAGCGGUUUACUGUACACGUGACGUUUGAGAAUCCACUUCCGGUGGCGCUGACGAACUGUGAGUUGUGGGUGGAGGGUCCGGGACUCCAGAAACCUGACGUAUACACGCAACCUGACGUUGCUGCACGCGAAAAGUUCCGGAGCACGUUUGACAUGACGCCUGUCAAAACCGGAAGUAGAGGGAUUGUUGUCUAUUUCCAUAGCAAACAGAUGUCGGACAUCACUGGGUCACGUAACCUCAAUGUAACGUGACUACAUAGACUAUUUAUUUUGUUGUGGCAUUAGUUAUGUAUCCAUUCUACAACUGUCACUUUUUACC